GAUUAAAGUCGAAGAAUGGGAUAUAGUUUUAGUCUAUAAUUAGGUGUAUCUUAGUUGCUGGUUUCUUGUUUGAUUGUUGUUGUUGUUGUUUUUUUUAAUGACGUUACAAAACAGUUUUGUAGAAGCGAUGUGAUCAAAUGCACUCACAAAAUGUAGUUGGUUUUUCAAAGCGGGUGCCAUUUAAUAACUGAGCAACACAAAUAAGGAAUUUAUACAGGGCAUCUGGGGGCACUUUGAUGGCAAUCAUAUAUUCAUUGCCUCAAAAGAGCUUUAACACGCAAAGAAACCAAAUCAUCUUCUGAACCGUUACAUCUGACUUCAAUCAUUGUCGUGUAUUAAGUGGCCCUUGAAUGGGAGACACGGUCACUGAUGAUUGGCCACCAAGGGAGGUGGCAAUAUAGAGCCGGUGAUAAAUGUGAAGUUUUGCAGGCUCCCCUAAAGCAGUUGACGCACUCUGUUGCUCCCACCCACACCAAUUUACAGAAGUUAAAAGUUCCUUUUUCACUUUGGUUGGCCAAGAGUGAGCCCUUGCUUAUUUUCUAUUUGUAUUUGAUCCUAUUGAAGGCCUCUUGGAGUGGUUGGGCUCACGAGAGUAAACUAUACAAUAAGGGAGACACAGAGGGACAUGUUUUGGUUAUCGUUAAAUGAGAGGAAAUUUUGAAACAUUGUGCAAUGGUGCUGCAAAAGUUUUGAAAGGUUGUGAGAGCUUUUGGUCUGCAAGGUGUCUGAGCCCACUUGUUGGAGAGGAAGCCCCCAUGUUGCAUCCCUACAGAAUGGAGAGUUACCUCAUUACACCUUCCUCAGAAGAAAUGUAUGAUCCCGAGAUCUACAGACAUCAAAUUCCGGAUUAUUAUAAUCCAUAUGUUCUGGAUACAGAGAUGCAGGCAGAUCACUGGGACUAUCACGGCGGUCACAGCCAUGUACACCCGACAGAAUUUGAAAACCUUCAAGAGACAAACUUCACAGAGCUACAAAGUGUGCAGUCCCUGCACCCACCCGGUCUCAUCCGGCACGAGGUCAUGCGCUAUGAUCCAGAAAAUCUAAUGGAUCCGAACCUCGGGGCACAUUCUCAUAUGUUACAGCAACCAGUCACAUUCUUCCCCCGAACGGUGUAUCCUCCACAUGUGUCCCAACACAGCACUGAUGAUGAAGAGCACGGACGUCAAAGUCCCCCCCUGGAGGUGUCUGAUGAGGAGUGUCUUCGAGAUCAAGUUCCUUACGUCAUACCCGGAGAAAUGGGCAACAAAAAGAAGAUUCGUUUGUAUCAGUUCCUGUUGGACCUUUUACGAAACGGCGAUAUGAAGGACAGUAUCUGGUGGGUGGACAGAGACAAAGGAAUGUUCCAGUUUUCAUCCAAACACAAGGAGGCCCUGGCACACCGCUGGGGAAUCCAAAAGGGCAACCGCAAAAAAAUGACCUAUCAAAAGAUGGCCCGGGCUUUGCGCAACUAUGGUAAAACUGGAGAGGUCAAAAAGAUCAAGAAAAAACUGACCUAUCAGUUCAGUGACGAGGUCCUCGGGAAGACGCAUUUGGAGAGAAAGCCAUACAUGUAGACAGAAGACUGAAUUAUGCAACUCAAGUGGUACAUUUGAUUUCUACUGAAAUACUCAAUGUCACCAUUCCUUGUAAAUAGCAUAGAAGCGUGACAGCUAUCCGGAGGGAGCAUAAACUGGGUUACGCUGUUAUUACACAGCUCAUUUAUUUGCCACAUCAUAGAAAUACAGCAUAAAGAUACAUCUAGCCAGUGUAUGCCGUCCAUGUCUACUGCUUUGUCUAUUCAGGGAUGUGGGAAAGGUGGAGCCGGAAAAGUGUGUGUCCAGCAAAGUAUCCAUGUGGAAACAAUGCCAUGCCUUCAAUAUGAACUACGUAACCUGUUAUUUAAAGAUUUGAAAUUCCGGACCUGAUUCACCGAUACAUUUGUUCCAUGUGGGAUUUUCUUUUGUUUUUUUUUACAACACAAUACAACUGUUGAAUCACGAAAAAUGCAAUAAACAUUUUUUUU